AGUAGAUAUGAAUGAUUUUUGUGCAAUCAAAUUAUAUAAUAUUUCAAAAAUAGGAUUUUGUUUUUCUUGUGACAAGGCCGAGUUUCCGACAUCUAAGGACAGUGUACUUCAUAAAACAAUUAAGUUAUUAACUUUGGUAUAUUACUCUAUACGUCAUAAUGUAUUAUAAUUUAUAGGAUACGGCGGGAAUGCAAGACUGAUAACUUACUGUGUAAUUUAUACUUUAUUGUAUGAAUGUAUGAUGCUGUGAUUAGAUCAGUAUUAUUGUUUGUGUUUAAAGUUUAGAUUUUUUAAUAUCUCAUUACUCUUAAGUUAAUUAUUUAAAUCAUUUAGAUUAUCGUCUUAAAUGCUUUACUUGUCGUGUUAAUUUACUCUCACUUUAAGUCUUGCACUCUUAUUUUAAUUUUUUUUUAGUGCCUACUCCAACCAGGUAACUAAACACACAUACUUAUACAUUAUACAAUACUUAAUACAUGUUUUGAAACAGAAAUUUUGUAUUUAGUUAAUUUUAGUAUUUGAAAAAACAAAUGUCCAUGAACAGCACUCAGUAGUCAAAUUUCCACUCGGACUUUUUUAGUAUAUUUUUUUUGUAUUCUUAGACACCAAGGACCAUGUUUAUCCAAAUAAGUUAUAAUUACAUCUAUUUCCCAAUAUACAAUAGGAAUUUAAUAUAAUACCUGGACAUAUUACAAUAGUCUAAAAUUUGACAAUUUUGAUAAAUUUAAAAUAAUUAAAAUGUAUUAUUUAAUACAAAAUAGUAUAAUAGUUAUAUAAUUUUUCACAAUGUAUAAUAUUUAUUACACUAAAAAUCAUCAUCAGUCUUAAAAAUUUAAACUUAUAAAAAUAUUUGAUUUAUAUCAUAUCAUAUUUUUGGAUUAAUGCUAUUGUGAAAAUAAGUUUAUUGAGUGCAUUGACUCAUUAAGUAUUACAUAAUUGAAAUUAUGUAUUUUUACUGUUUAAAUAAAAUUAUACUAUUUAUAAUAAUAUAAAAUAACAAUUAUUAGGUAUUCAUUGUAAAUAAUGAUAAUACUUGCUAUAAGCGUAUAAUCCUAAGAAAGUUGUAUAUCUCUGCUACUGUGUUUUAUCAUGUUUAUUAUGUAUAUAAUUCUAAUAAUCAACUGAAUGUGUAACUUAUAAAUUUAAUAAUUUAAUUUUAAGAUAAGUAGUACAUUAAAGUUAGGUAUGAUAAUUAUAAACAAUUAAGUAAAACAGCUAAAAAUGCAAAAUAAAAGAUUCACUUUUGUUGUUAUUCAUUUGAGUCAGAUGACACACCACAGUUAUAAAUAAAGAUGUUAUCGAAAAACAUAAAUAGAACGAUUGAAAAUCUGUAUUAUGAGAAUGCCACAUUACAUCUACUGUCUUAGUCUAACUACCAGGAAUCUGACCGAGAAACAUGCAAAAACAAUGCUUACGCAAACUAAGUAAAAUUAAUUUUAAUUUUGAUUUUUGAAUAAAAGUAUUUACUAUGAAAUUUAUAGAGAACAAUAUUUUUGAGGGAAUUUCAUAGUUUUUUUUUUGAAUUAUGAACUAUUUUAAGUAUUCAGUUAUUUAAAAAACUAAAAACAAAAACGUUUUUUUGUUUUUUAUACUGAGCUAUAUAUUUAGAAUAAUACAAAAACCCUGAGGUUCCCUUCAAAAUAUUUGUCUCUAUAAAUUUCAUAAGUACCUUUACUCUAAAAUCAAAAUUAGGCUGGUUUUAUUUAGUCUGCGUAAGCAAUAAGCACUGUGUUUGCAAGUUACUUGGUAUUUUGACUAAAACAGUAGUUGAGCGUGUGAGGUCAUCUUAAGGAAGAAUACCUAAAUCCUAUUAAAGCAAAUUUUAUGAAAACUAAAUUUCGUAAGAUAUUUUGAAUUACCAAAAUUUAAACUAUUAGUUUGUGUAAUACAUAAAUCUGCACCUAUCAAAAUGCUAAACAAUUGCUCUAAAGAAAAAAAAUGAAAUUUUCAUUUUCAAAGUAUUUAUUACAUUAAUCAAAUAACGUAUUUAGAAAGCAUUCUUAGAUCAGCCCUCCCCCAAGUACAUUUUGCAUUGAAAUUCAGUCCCUAGCAAUAAUGUAUUAAAUACAAGAGUGUGGUGAGACCGACUGUGUUGCAAAGUUCAUCGUGUUAAACGUUAGGCAAACAAAUAAAACAAAAAAUUAAUGUAGCAAAAAUGAUAGUGCUUAGAUUAAUGAGUAGAGUGAAAAGAGAAGAUAGGAUAAGAAAUGAAUACAUAAGAGGUAACUUUUUGAUAGUAGACAAAAUAGGAGAAAAUAAAUUGAGAUGGUUUUGGACAUUUCAUGAAGAGAGAUAAAUCAGAAGCAGUAAAAAUUGUAAUGAAAAUAAACCUAGAAGGAAGGAAAUGGAGAGGAAGACCGAUUAGAGGUAGUUGAUUGUGAUUGAAAAUGAUAAGAGGGUGUAUUCUAGGACAAUGUGGGUCAUGUGGACAUUUAAGACAAGAGUGGCCGACUCCAAAUAGUUGGGAUGAAUGCGAAAGAGAAGAAGAAGAAUUCAAUAUUAAUUAAAAAGAUAAUAUAAUAAAAUAUGAUGUUGUGUUACCCUCUCAUGGUUCAAUUUCUUUAACAAUAUUAUGUACCUAAAUUAAUGUGUUUUAUAUUAGACAACUAGUCAUGUAUGUUUUUCUUUAGUGCAUGAAGAUAAUAUUAUUCUUUCAUUAUCAUGGCCAAAAUCAAAAGUGACUGUGAAGAUAUUAAUGUAUCAAAACCAACUUUAUCAGUUGCCUUAACAAUGAUAUCUAUUCCAUUAUCAAUGAUUUUAUGGAUAAGCAAUAUUUUAUUCAAAAAAUUGUAUGACGAUAGUGUCAAUGAACUAGAUGGUAAACUUAUUAACUUAAAAAUAUAAUUGUUAUUUAACAUAGUAUGUAAUUAUAUUAAAAUGGUAAUGUAAAUAAUAAUAUGUUAUGUUGAACAUACCUUCCUCUUUUGGUUUUCUUUCAUUGGGACCGUCCAUAAACAAAUUCUGCUUCACCUCUCCCUGUCUUUAGCUACUUUUCUCCAAUUGGUUCUUGGUUUUACAUCUCUAUUCACAUAAUCUUUCCAUUUUAAGGGUGGUCUAUGUAAUGGUCUUUUACCUAUUGGGUCUUCCUUGAUUACCUUUUAUCAUUAUAGAAUUUUUUUCACGUUAUUCUACUUAACUUUAUUUUCAUUGUACUACAUGGCUUUUGAAGCAGAUUUUGAGUUCUUAUGUUUUUUUCUCCGUUCUCCCAUUUGUGGGUGAUGGUACAGCCCUCAUAUAUUGGCUUUAGUAUUUUCCUUUUAAAAGUAACCAGCCUCAAUUCUUCUGUUUUUUUUAAUUCCAUAAUUUGAAACCAUAAAUGAUGGUAGGGCGUAUAAAUAUUAUAUCAAUUUGGUCUUAUGUUUUUAGAAAUGUUUCUUGUUCUUAAAAGGGUUCUUGUUUUAAAAUACCAUUGAAUUGCCAUUUGAAUUAAUUUUUAUUUUGAUUUAUCCAUUUUUAUUCAUUGUUUUUUUUUCUAGAAGGUCUCAUAAGUACUUAAUUUGUGUAUCUGUUAAAGAUAUUUCCUUCUACUUCUAGGCUCUUUCCAUGGCGAAUUAUUCUAUCCGUAAAAAGUACUAAAUAGUUUGUAAAACAUAAAAUUAAAAAUUAAAAUUACAACAUAGAUAUAUUUAUAAAAAAAAACGUAUUAUUUAGAUUUACAUUUAGUACAUAAUAAAAUAUAAAUUGGUAAAAUAAACAAUAGUAAGCAUUUAAUAACAUAAAAUAGGUCUUUAUUAAGUCCUGCGAUUUCAAGUUCUAAGUCCGAUGAUUCAACCCAUUUAAUUGCUUCAGGGGACACUGAAAAUAUUAUCCCAUGUCCCCAACUCCAUAUUAUCUCCUAUAAUAGCAAUAUCAUCUGCAUACGCAAGAAGGCCUAACAUUGAUUGACCUAGAACAAAGCCUUUCUAUCACUUAAUAAAAAUAAAUUAAUAAAUUAUUAUUAUAAAAUAAUACUUUAACAAACUUGAAGAAAUUAAACAAUGCUUUUUAAGGAUGAUGGCAUACAAAUUAGAUCAAAUGGAUGUCCCCCUAGAUACCUUGACUGUAUAAUUUGGUUAAGAAACACUUUUUAUCUAGAAGGUUAUAUAAUGAUAUAACUUUUGUCCAUAAAUUAAUAAACGGUAAACUAUCCUGUCCAAACUUCCUAACGAAGAUAAACUUUAAAAUUCCAUCUUUCAACAAUCUUUUUUAGUACCACAAUGCUCUACAAACAUAAUUAAACAUAGUCCGGAGUGUCGCCAUUAAGAUGCUUAUAACAAUGUACCUAAUUUUGAUUUUUCUUUUGAUCCACAACUUAAAUUAAAGCAUAUAGUAAUCAAUACUAAUUAACCUACAUUAAUUCAUUGCAUAUUAUUUAUUUUUUCUAUUUUUUUUUUUUUUACAAUCUAAUAUUCAAUAUUUAGAUUUACAUUGUAUAAUCUUUUGUGUAACUGUAAUUGUACUCUUCACCCCUUGGGCUGUUUAAACUUUAUAUAAAUAAUUAAAUCACAAAUAGUAUGCAUACAUAAUUACGGUAACAGGCGUGUUCCUGAGAAGGGGUGGCGAUCGCCACUCCCCCCCCCCCAUAGAAUUGACCUGAAGAUGCCCCUGAGCAAUACUAUUAACCAAGCUACACUCAGAAUCGUUUUUUUACUAACAAUGUUUAAAUUAUUAAUUGAUAAUGAUUUGGUCUACAUACCUAAUUUUUUUUAUAGUAUUAUCAUUACAUAUAAAUUAUAUUAUUUAUAAAGGAACUGUGUUCCACUUAUUAAAUGUUGCACUUUGAAAUAUUUUAGAAGGGGUUCCACCUUUUCGAUGGUUUAUAUCCAUAUUUAUUCCAUUAUUUAUUGCUGUAUAUGGUUAUACUAAACGCAGCUUAAACUUAAGUGGAGCAUUAUUAGGUAAGAAUUCCUUGCAAGUAUUCUAAACAAAUAUAAAUCCAUGUAAAUUAAGCUAACAUAGUUUUUUUUUUAUUUAGGUGUUUUUGUUGGUUUUGUAUUGACAUUGAGUAGUUAUGGAUUUCUGGCUUGUUUGUUAACAUUUUUUGUUACAUCAUCUAAAGCUACAAAAUUUCGUGCUAAAAAUAAAAAACAAUUAGAGGCUGACUUUAAAGAAGGUAUAUUUAUAGUGUUGUUUAUGAUAAUUAACAUAUUUUUAAUUGAUUAUUUUUCAGGAGGACAGAGAAACUGGAUACAAGUGUUAUGCAAUGGAGGUAUGGCUACACAACUAGCACUCUUGUAUAUUUUGGAUGUUGGGUGCGGAGAAUUACCCAUUGAUUUUAACCGCUUUUAUCGACCUUCUUGGUUGUCAAUUGGCGUUCUAGGUAAAAUUUUAGUUUUAUUAACUUUUUAUUGAAUAAUCAAUGUAUUUUUUAUUUUUAUUUUUACAGGCGCUUUUGCCAGUUGUAAUGGUGAUACAUGGGCAUCAGAAUUAGCCACAGUCAUAGAUAGUGGUUUGCCUAUAUUAAUAACAACUGGUAAAACAGUUCCUAAAGGUAAUCCUUUAAUUUUCCAACUUAUGAAAUUUAUUAGUUACUUAUAUGUUAUAACUGAGGUUAUGACAGUCUGGCCAACUGGCCAAGAAAAGACUGGCCAACUAUACGGAUUUGACUCUAUAUGUGGCUAUAAGAAUUGGUUUUUUGGAAUUUUUGUUUUCUCAUCAAAACUUUGGUUUUACCCGUUUUAUUUGUAAAAUACCCAUUCCAAAUAAAAAUAAACCAUGCCAGAGAAUUUAUUGCAAAAUUCUCUUACGGAAUAAGGGGUCACUCGAAUUUUUCCAAAAAUAAUCAUUAUCACCACUAUUUUUGGCUUAUCAUGUCCAAAAUCGUAAUUUUUGUGUGACAUAUGAAUUUGUAUGUACAUUUGUCAGGGAUUUCAAUGGAAUAGAUUAUUUUUUAUUUAAGUGUUAAUUUAACGAUCUUAUCCGUAAAAUACGACUCAUUUGACUGUAAAAACACUAAAAAAAUGCAUAAAUUCAGUUGUUUUUAUUGAAUUGUUUUAUAAUUAAUUAUUAUCAGAUAAUAAAGAAAUAAUAUUUAAAGUAAAUGUUCAAUCUAUGUCCAGUCUUUUAUGAUACACCUGUAUAAUCAGAAGUUAUGAAUUAAAUAAUCGCAUGUUGGUAGUAAUAUAUAUGACAUUAAUUGUUCAGGUACAAAUGGUGGUGUAUCAGUCAUUGGAUUGAUUUUCAGUUUAUUAGGUGGCAUUACUAUUGGAUUAGCCAACUAUGUGAUGCUUGUUUACACAAUAGAUGCAGACAUGUUAGCUGCAAGUUCUGUGCAAUGGCCAAUAAUAGUAGCCGGUGGUUUUGCUGGAAUUGUUGGCAGUAUAAUAGAUUCUAUAUUAGGUGCCACCUUACAAUACAGUGGUAAUUAUAUUUAUAUGUAUUUUUUUAUUUAUUCAAAAUAUUUUAACAUUUUAUCUUAUAGUUUCUAAUAUAUUUGAUUGAAAAUCAAAGACUUGCUUAAAACAAAGGAAAACUCAGCUUUUAUAUUUUUAUUUUGAUAAUAAAUUACAAUAUUACAUUAAACAUUAUAAAAAUAAACAUUCAAUCAUUAAUCAUGUUUUAGAUUUUAAUAUAGUAACAGUUAAUUGUUUUGUAAGUCUAGUCUUAGUGUUCUUUUCGGUAAUAAAGGGUUUUGCAAUUACAGCCCUUACAUAAAUAUUACCUUUGUGAAGCUGCCGUCGUGCAGUUUUUGUCGAAACAGUAUUACUUAAGUAAGCGUUAAGUUCUGCUGUAAUUUUAGCCGCUGUAGUUUUAUGUUGUCUUGUCACAAAUCAUUUAAUUUCCGUUGGUCCCUGUUAGUCAACUUUAGAUUUCACCUAUGAUGUUUUUCCAUAUUUUGUGUAUACUGUUAUUACUGUGGAUACAUUGACACGUUCAACAGUUUAGAUGUUCCCGUAAAGGUACGGUUUCCAAGGCGCGACCGGUCGCCGCUCGACAGUUAAUAUGUAAUUCCUAUAGACUGGUUUCUAACGCGCGACUGGACUUUAUCAUCGCGACCAGUGACACUACCGAUUCGAGAGCAGUCAGGUUGCGCGACCGUCGAUUUAUUUUAUUCAUAAACUAAAUUUUGUUUCAUUUCGUAUUAUAUGUCUACUUAUUAAAAUUUCAAUGUAUCCAUCUUUUCUAUUUAGAAAAAUGUCAUCAAAUUUUUCUCUCUUUUUAUAUCGUACAUUAAAUAAUAAUUUAUCGUCCUCUUGAUUUUCCUCAAGAAGUAACAUUAUUUUAUUAUUAUUAAUAAAUAUUGUAUAAAUAUUGUAUUCAUACUCUUAAAUAGUAAAUAUAAAAUUUAACUUGAAAACAAUAACCCUCACUACACGAAAUCUACAAUAAUACUGAAUACAGAUAGAGAAUUUGACGUUACCAAAGACGGGUCUUAGCGACCGGUCGCGCCUUGGAAACCGUACUGUAAUAGAUGCUCCCGCUAAUCGAGCAUCCACGAUUUGCCCUCUUUGGAAGUCCCAGAGGUCAAACAUUUGAUUCGUUCGUAGUAUUACCUGCGUAAUACACUAACAUAUAAUUAAUAACAACUAUACUCUAAUAUUAUACUAAUAUCACGCCUUAUUAUCAAAAAUAAUACAGUGUAGCCAACAUGCAACAAUAUGUAAUUAUGUUGCAUGGUGUUCAUAUUAUUUUAUCUACCCCCUCUAGCUAUUAUAUGUAUACUCUGUUCGUCGUAAGAGUUCAACUGGGCGACACCCAAAGUUCAUUCGUUAUUGCCAUUCUCACCACUAUUCCAAUGUGAACACUUCGUGUCAUAGGCCAUCGUCAUAGAAACGGCCACGUGAUUCAGAUAUUGGUAACCGCGUGGUGGGGGAUGCGCAGAUAAGUUAUGGUCUUAUGGCAAACGGAGUAUACGUUUAAUUUUAAAUUGAAUUCAACUGAUUUGUAAAGAUAGUAUAAAAUAUAAAUAUUAUAAUUUAGUAUAUGAGCAACUACCCACAAGUUUUUCAUUAUAAAUCAUAAUUUUGUUAUUAAUAAAUUGUUUACCAUUUCAAAAAAAGGUAUUAUUAAUUAUUAUAAUAAAGAAUAUUUAAUUUGGAUGCUGGAUCCAAUCUAAAUCUGUACAUAUUCAAUUUGUUUUGUUUGCACUCAGGUUUUAAUCGUAAAACCGGAGUAAUUGUAGAACAACCCGGAAAGGACGUUGUGCACAUUUCUGGAAGAAGAAUACUGGAUAAUCAUAGUGUCAACUUAAUAUCAAGUGUGAUUAUGGGGAUUUUGACUCCAAAAAUUGCAUAUUUAGUGUGGCCUUAAAAUGUAUACCAAACUUUUAGCUAAUGUGACUAUUUAUUUUAUUCUAAUAGGCAGGUAUAAAAAUGUAUUUGAUUUUAAUUUUUCUUGUAAAAAUUAAAUUUAGAUUGACAAAUAUUUUUGUGUAUAUGUUAAAUUAUUGUUCUUUUAAACUUUAAAAUGUAUAUUUAUUUGGUAUAAUUUAUAAUUAUUUAUUUUAUUAUUACCAUUUGUUUAGUUUUAAUUAAUACAAGACACGGUUAAGGUUAACACAUACAUAUCAAAUACUUAAAUAAGAUUG